GAAUUUUUUAAAUAUGUAAAUAUCGAAAUGCCCUUUGGUCUUAUGACAGACUUUAACCUCUAUUACGACUUUUGCAGACUUUCCAGUUCUUUGAUAAGGAUCAAAAGAGGUUCAUCCACUUAUCACACAAAAUAGAGUCAAAAAAUGGCAAUGUCUCCGCUGCACGUAGCCGCCAAGUCCUCCGACAUAGAGCACUGCCGCCGCCUAGUUGAGGACGAGGGCGCCGACUUUGGUGCCGUGAGUGGUGAUUUUGAUGCAACGGUGAUACACUGCGCUGCAUUGAACACGAGCCACGGCAAGGAAGUCGUCAAAUAUUUCGUUUCCCACGGAAUGCAAGUGGACCAGAAGGAUUCUGAGGGACAGGAGCCGAUUCACUACGCCGUCAGGGCGAGGAAUUUCGAAGUAGCAAACGAACUGCUCCAAAUCAAAUGCGGAGAAGACGCAGAGGAGAGAAAGAAUAACCUCAUCCACUAUUUUGUGAAAGAGAACAACUCUGAAUUCAUUACAAUUGUCCAUGAAAGUAACAGGAGGUUGAUUAAAGGAAAGGGGGAAUGCGGCAAAACCGCCCUCCACCUGGCAGCCCAGUACGCAGACCUAAAGAUUUGUAAAUGGUUGGGCCAAAACGGAGUCCAAGUCGACAGCAGGGACGAUGAAGGGUGCACAGCAAUGCACUACGCAGCCCUCAGAGAUUCCGACCACGUAAAAUUCGUCCGUUACUUCUCCAAAAAGAAGGGCAUGCUCGUAGACACAGAGUCCAAAGACGACAUGACGCCACUCCACUAUGCCUUCCAGCACAAUCAACUUGACAUGGCCAAAGAACUAAUCAGAUUAGGUGGCGUUAUCUACAACCCGAUCAACUGCGAGAUGCACUACUGCGCCAGAAUCAACAAUCUGGAAGGCAUGAAGAUGCUAAACAAGGAGAAUGAGUCAUUCCUCACCUCCGAAAAUGAUUCAAAUAUUUGGACCACAAUUCACAUGGCGGCCAUGCACGCUAACCUGGAGAUGAUCAAGUGGCUGGAUGAAAAUGACGUCAACCUACAUAAAAAGGACGAGUUUUCGUACAGAGCAAGCGCCCUUCACUAUGUUGCUUUCAAUAAGCAAAGCACUUCGGACUUAGUGCGAAUUGUCCAGUAUUUCAUCCAGAAAGGACUCGAUGUGAAUGGUUUAACUGGUGAAGGAAUGACUCCUCUCCACUGUGCAAUCAAUGCGAAAAACACGGUAGUAGCUGGAGAACUAGUCAAGCACUGCGCCGACCUGGAACAGGAGCUUAAAGGCCUCAAUUUUCUCCUCUACUGCGCCAAGGAGGAUUUCCUCUUUGGCGCACAACUCAUGCUAAAGAACAAACCCCAGUUGAUCAAAGGCGUGGACCCUGAAGGGCGAAAUGCUCUGCACAUCGCAGCUGAAUUUUCCAACCUGGAAAUGUGUAAGUGGCUUGUCGGCGAGGACAAGGACCUCAUCAAAAUGUUAACUAUGAAGGGCAAUAGCGUGCUCCACGUGGCGGCCAAAAACAAGAAUCACGGACAGGAGAUUGUCCGCUACCUAAUUUCUUUGAACGUUCCCGUGAAUGGUAGAAACAAUUUCGACUUGGCACCGCUACACUAUGCCCUGCAGCACGGAAACGUCAACGUGGCACAGGAGAUGGUCACCCUUGGCGCUGACCUUAACGCAAAAAUCGGAAACGAGUCUAAUCUGCUGCACUACAGUGUUCUGAAAAAAAGUUUGGAAGGCGCAAAGUUUAUCCACUCAAUGAACCCAGCGUUAAUCAAACAACGAGCUAUGAAAGGUAAAAACGCCCUGCACUUUGGGGUGGAAUACGCAGACGCAAAAAUGUGUAAGUGGCUCGUCAGUCAGGGCGUUGACCUUCAAGAGCGGACCGACAGUGGAAAAACGGUGGCGGAUUUCGUUGCAAAGAGGAAUGACAAAGAUGUGAAGCAGUAUUUCAAAACCCUGGGUGUGAAAAAACGUGGAUUUUGUAGUUGGUUGUCCUCCAAGAAUGGCUGUUUCAGCUCUUAAAUUCAUUGAAUGCUCUAUAUGACUGAACUUCCCUCCUUCUGCUAUAAGCUCUUGUAGCACGUUACAGUUAGCAGUGAUUUCAAACGUUUGUGAAAAUGGAUCAGUGCAUCGAUUAAUAGUUUUUGCAAGUUCUGUAGCUCAUAAUAU